AUGCCCUGCUUCAAGGGUCUGGCUGUGAGCAUCCACACGCCGGAUGGUCCAAUCUCCGAAUACUCCAUUCAGCGACACUCGCGAUUUGGACGGAUUGCCUGCUUCAUUCCUGUUCCCCCACCCAAAAUUCCCGAUUCCCCCGAGGGCAAGCCCGAACAAUCUACUUUCGCCAUUUCCAUCACUCUCCUGAACCCUGGCCAAGAUGUGCCUUACUCCACCCCAAAGCCCACGGACGAUUGCCCCUCACCCAAGCCCAAGGUUGUCGGAGGAUUGCCGGGCCAAACCGGCAACCGCGGCCAAUAUUCCGGGGCUGUCAUGCCCUACCAGGCAUUGACCAAUUCUUCCAAUGAGACCGUUGCCGCCUACAUCUACUUCGACGGACGACAGAAGGAGGAAGUAGCUACACUUUUGCGGCGAGGUGAAGAGACAUGGGUCAACUCACGCUGGGUCAAUUCUGAUGACGGCGGUAUCGCUGAGCGGGAGUUCCUUUUCCGUGAAGUGGGUCUUGAGCGUUGGCUGCAUGGAUUGGACCUCGAGGGCAAGGAUGCGGCAGCUACAAUUGAACGGCGGCGUCAGAAGAUGGAGAAGCGUCGCGCAAAGCGCGCGACCGAAAACACCGACAUCAAAAUGGAAGAGACAGGCAACAAUGACACCAAGCCCAAGAACAUCAUGCGUUACGGCAACGACGAUAAGGAUCCCCUCAAGGACAUCUCCGGUGAUGAUCUGUCAUCGGAUUCAGAUGACGACGACCCAAUUCCCGAGUCUGCUGGUCAAAUCAAGAUUGCGCUGUUCCGAGUAAUGGCAUCUGGUGAAAUCAAACGCGGCGAGUACUCUCCGCAAUUCGACGCGCACGACGAUGACGAGGGCGAGCAAAAUGGCAAUGGCGGAGAUGCAGAUAUCGACCACACCACGAGUUUCGCGAAGCCCAAGUCUCUGGACCCGAAAACAAUCAGUACACAGACCGUUACAGGAAUCGAUCCGACGGACAAGCCGUAUGCUGUCUUCACCUUCAUGUAUCGUGGCCAACGUCAAUUGCAAAAGAUGGGCAUUUUGAAAGACCCCAAGGCACAGGAAACUCCUGUUGCAAAGAGGAAGUCGCUCCAAGCCGACCUGUCGAGUCUUGGGGCUCUCAAGCCCGGCGGUACCGUGGGAUUCCUUAACUUCCGGGACCAGAACACUCGCCGAAAAGGCAGGAAGAGCGAAGACGAUAUGGAUAGCGACGAUGAUGACACCGACAACCCGAUCUUGAACAAGGCUGAUGAUGAAGAGGGCAAGGAAGAUGAUGGCCUACGCCAAGGAGAACUGGAGGAGGGUGUUCGGAAGAUCCGACUCAAGCGUCAGCACUCUGCUGAGCCCUUCCCGGGCAGCGGCGCUGAGUCAAGUGAAACCCCUGCCUCUGGAACAACGCCCCCUGCCACUGAUCGGUCGACACCCCCGAAGGCAACCCCCAAUGCCGCCACAUCUGAACAACCCGUGCCCGCCAUCCAUGGACCGGACGUGUUCCUGGGUAGCCCGUUAAAGAAGCAACGGGCCAGCGUCUCCACUGCUGAUGAAAAUGCCCUACGACGCCGGAUUGCUGAGUCCUCCGGAAGAAUCAACGAGGUCCUUGGAUCCGGUGAAGACGAUACGACUGCUUCUUUUGGUGAGAAACUAGAUGCUAGUGCACCUACCACCUCCCAAAAGGGACAGGAGGAAGAAGAGUUGUGA